AAACGGUGCUGCACCAGUUGAGUAGUCCUCGACUUAUGACCGGUUGAGUAGUCCUCGACUUACGACCAGUUGGGGAUUGUGGCAUUAAAAAGGUUGAGAACCACUGCAUUAGGAUAAUACAGUUCUUAGUAUUUUAGUAACAAAGAGGUUAACUAUGAACAUUUUUCUAACGUUUAUCCAAUUAGCAAUAGCAUCCAUACAAAACUUCUUCUCUAGUUAGUCCUCUUGGUUGCGUUAUAUUUGUCCCGUUUUCAACAUCCUCAUUUAGACUUUUCCCCCCCACAAAAUUGAAAUCAUUUUCACCUGUUAACAGAUAGGAUGUAAUGCUUUUAACAGAACACCUUGGCUCACGCUACCUGCCCAAACCAUGCCCAAUUCAGUUGGCAGAAUCACAGUCAACCCCCCUCCCCCCCUUUCACCUGGUCUACGUGUUGUACAACCCAACUGAACAUCCACUCUAAUAACAGGGUCUGAAUAUUAAUUUACCCUGCUCUCCAGCCCAAUCAAAAUCAGUCUCUUGGCGGUGUGAAGCGGGGGGGGGGGGAAGCUGGCCAAAAGCAGGCCGGCUUGAACCCACACCCUUCCCAGGAUGGAAGCCAUGCUCCUCUGAAGAUCUACCUCGCUGACCCCCAACAGUUGGAUACCAUCACAUCCAAGAGCUGGGAUGGACUAAGAGGAAGUGGGUCCCAGUCCGGCUGAAGUCUCGAAGAGCAAACGGGGCCCAGGUAGCCUCCAACCACAGCAUGGAAUUAAAGCAAUCCAUCUCCAGCGGCUUGGGAGCCGAGAAACCGCCGAGGAGCUAUGGGGCGGUGAAAGAGACCGAGUGGAAACCCACCGAUGGGUUCGGGAAAAAUCAACUCGACAUCAUUUCAAUGGCAGAAACAAGCAUGAUGCCCGAGGAGAUAGAGAUGGAAAUGGCAAAGAUUCAAAGACUUCGGGAAGUCUUGGUCCGAAGAGAAUCCGAACUGAGAUUUAUGAUGGACGACAUCCAGUUGUGCAAAGACAUUAUGACUCUUAAGAAAGAGCUGCAGAAUUUAGUAGCUGUCCCAGAAAAAGACAAGACUAAGCUGCAGAAUCAAAGAGAGGAUGAAUUGAUCCAGAAAAUCCAUAAAUUAGUGCAGAAAAGAGACUUUCUUGUUGAUGAUGCCGAAGUGGAGAGAUUGAGAGAGAAGGAAGAAGACAAGGAGAUAGCUGAUUUCCUACGGAUUAAAUUGAGACCUUUGGACAAUGUUGUACAGUCUCCCACUAGGGUACCGACGACAGAGAAGCAAGCUGAGCCUCCUCCACCACCACCAUUUCCUCCCAACAAGCCCACCAUUGCCAAAACCAGCGCUGCUCUCAUUAAGGAUUGCUGUGGGAUGACCCAAUGCGCCAUCAUGUAGCUCCAGCAUCUCUCUCGGGCAGCGUCUUCUGCUCGACCCACUUCCCCCUUGCCCCCCCCAAAAACCCCUGGUGGGCAAAGGAAUCAGGACAUCAAGCACCCAGAUAUUCUUGAUCGUUGAAUCUCCUGUUGUAUUUCUUACAGUAACUUAUGUGCCGAAAUGUGCUAUUCUUGGUGACUCCUUGGUGUUGCAUGGACCUCGGUGAGCAUGCCCUAGGUUAAGACGAGGAGUAGAUGUUAACUGUACCCAGAACGCAGAGAAGACCUGUGAGGCGUAGACGGGGGAGUGGCUUAUGGCUUGCAGGUAACAUCAGGGGGCCAUCUGUAUGUCUAGAGCUGUGUCCAGACCGUCCACCCAGGCUUGAUCUGGCUUGUGAGUCAACUCACUUUCUGGUUUUGCACAAGAUGCUAAGUCAUCUCCAUAAGGUAGGAAGAACAGCCAAGAUGAACACUGGGCUUAGCAUGCUGUGUGAAUAUAUCUGCUACCGUAGGUCUUGACCUGACGUGGUAAAGCAUGGUCUGAAUCCAGCUGAUAGGUAAAUUCUGCAUAUGGGUAGGACCGAUUCUUAGCCUAAUGCCAGCUGUGAAGUAGGAACAACAUGUAGCAGUUUUAAUGGUCUGUUGUGCACUGGAUACAUCUCACACCGUCUUCCUUUAGCAGGCAGUAUUUGAUCGGUGGGCAAACGGAGGCAAGCGCCCUCCGUGUGGCUGGGUUGGGUCCUUUUCGCAAUGACAUGUGUGUUAAUAAAAAUGCUAAAUAGAAUAGCUAAUAGUUUAUCAGAAGCUGACCGCAAUCUGUUUUGUUCUGGUUUGCAGUGGCUUCUUAGCCGAUCCGCAGGAUCGCUCUUGUGCAAGGGACAAUAAGUUGUGUUAUUUUAAAAAUUGGUAAUGACUUCCAUGGUCCCAGUUCAUUGUUCUGUGACAUUUGGGAGGGGCAGAGCUGCAACUGAGGAAAUGACGUUGUGUUUCAAUUUCAACAUUUUGUUCGUUUGUCAAAGUGUAAAAUACAAGGAUAAAUGAAAAUAAAGGUAAAAUAGGUGAGAAAAAAGGGAAGAGAGCAGAGUGUAGGGUGGGGGGGGGGAGAAAGAAAAAGCACUGACUUCCAACUUCUUUUCGUGCAGUAGAAUAAGAUAAUCACGUGAAAGCUCAACUUUUUAGUUUUAUAUAAUAAUAUAUACUAACCAUUUCUAGAACAUCAAAUCAGCCAAACCCAAAAGCAAAGUUUCAUUUUUUUCCCCACCUCAAGCAAUAAGCCCCAAAGUGGUUUCCUAACAGAAACAGAAUGAAUUGUAGGAAACAAUUAUGUUGAUGAUGUAGUUAUUCAUUCAGUUGCCUCUGACUUUUGGCAUUUCCUUCACCCAGGUCUCUCUCCAUAUCCCAUCUUACACUAUUGUACUUGAUUUUUCCUAUGCUCUGGCUAGUGUCAGCUUUGACGGUGUCCAGCCACCAUGUUCUUCGGUGGCCUGGUUUUCUUUUACCAUUAACUCUUCCAAACAUAACUGCUUUCUCCAAUGAAUUUCUCUGCAUGACACGGGCCAAAAUAUGUGAGGUGCAGUCCUGUGAUUAAGUAGGAAAUACAAAUUGCCCGUAUGUUUAAAUAUGUAAGAAGGGGCGGAAGGAGCUAGAUGAGACCAAUUGCUCCUUCUUUUUGUCCAACAAUCUCCAGCAUUUGGAAUUUCUCUAACUUUUAUCUCGCUGAGCUCCAGGAAGUUAACCAAGUAAUACCAAGAUUCACAAUGAGGCAGAACUUUGAACACACAACUGUUCAAACUACGGCAGAUCUUGCCAGGUUGUUCUUGAUUCAACCAAGCUCCUCCAACUUUUAGAAGGUGCAUCCAGUAGAGGUUAGGUUGGAGACAGAUCAGCCUAAUACAUUUAUGGAACAGUCCAUCUGCUUAAAAUUAUCUUCAAAAAGAGAGCCGGACUAUAUACAGCGCAAGUAGUCCUUGACCUACAACAAUUGGGACCAAAAUUUCCAUUGCUAAGUCAAGUUCUACCGAUAUAUUUACUGGGGAAAAAAAAUGGACAGAGAAAGUCACUUGCUUGCUUGAAAUUUUUAUUGACAACUGCUUGGUCCCAACGCACAAAAUACCACUUGACCCACAAAAGUGCCCAAACAAAUUAGACAAAUUUAUAUGCCGCAUUGUCGCUUUUCACCCACCCAGAGUGCAUAGUUGAAGGCUGCCUUGAUCGGUUUCAUUUCAGAACAGUAAAGAAAUCAAAAUGACCAAAGUGUUAAAGUUAAUUUCAUCAUCUUAAUUUAUGUUCGAAUCAGUCAAGUUACAUUAUUUUUUUCAAGCCUCUGUAUGUUUUGGGUUUUUUUUUUUUUAUAAAAAAACUUCAUUAAAUAAUCUUGAGCUGUGAGAGGAAAAAAAAAAAAACCCUUCAAAUUUAUCCAAAACAGCAUUGCAUAACUUUCAAACAGCAAUUUCGUUCAGAAUGCCACAUGGAAUCCAUUAAUGAUGGGAUUAUUCUCUACAGAUCACCUGGCGACCUCUGUAUUUCAAAUACAGAACACUACUGGACUUUUGAUUUCUUUCUUUUUUUUUUCUCCCCAAAAAACUUGGCUCUCGCUUUUUUUUUUUUUUAAGAUGACUUGCAA